AUGAGCGUUAAAGACGGUAAAGUUGUAUCUGUUGUUGCGACAUUGGGUCGAGGCGACAAAACACAGGAAAUAUCGUACACAGAUAUCAAAGUUAUUGGGAACGGUUCAUUCGGUGUGGUAUACCAGGCCUGUCUGUGUGACACCAAUGAAAUUGUUGCUGUCAAAAAGGUCCUUCAGGAUCGGCGAUUCAAGAACCGUGAACUGCAAAUUAUGCGCUCAUUGGAUCACCAGAAUAUUGUGAAACUCAAGUACUUUUUCUACGUCAUGGGUGAAAGGAAGGAGGACGUAUAUUUGAAUUUGGUGCUUGAGUUUGUUCCUGAGACAGUCUACAGAGUUGCACGUCGGUAUACACGGCAAAAGGAAACCAUUCCAAUGAUCUUUGCUAAACUGUACAUGUACCAAUUGUUCCGCAGCCUCGCUUACAUUCACAGCAAGGGGAUUUGCCAUCGGGACAUCAAGCCCCAAAAUCUUCUUCUUGAUCCCUCCACUGGAGUCCUCAAACUCUGCGAUUUUGGAAGCGCCAAAGUUCUGAUUCAGGGUGAACCCAAUGUCUCCUAUAUCUGCUCACGUUACUACCGCGCACCCGAACUCAUCUUUGGUGCUGUCAACUAUACAUGCCAAAUUGACGUGUGGUCAGCCGGUUGUGUAUUUGCGGAGUUACUUCUGGGUCAGCCAAUCUUCCCCGGAGAAAGCGGUGUGGAUCAGUUGGUGGAAAUAAUAAAGGUACUCGGCACACCUUCUCACGAGCAGAUUCGCGAUAUGAAUCCCGACUAUCGAGAGUUCAAGUUCCCGCAAAUCAAGGCUCAUCCUUGGCCCAAGGUAAGUGUCUCUCCUUCCCUGCUCCAUUCGACAACCCAACUACUGAACAGAUCGUGUGCACUGUAG